AGGCAGGUGUAAAGGGAAAAUAGUCAGGGCGGGGGUAAGUAAGGUUUAGUUUUAUUUUGUUUUUGCUUGGGUGGCCAAGGUUUCUAUGUAGGCUCUGCUGUGCCCCAUAGAGGAGUGCAGGAAUAUUAGUCAGGUAGGGGGCUUAGUGUGGUAGGGUUGGUGUCAGGGUGUUUUUCUACAGCCCUAGGGUUAUGGGUUUUUAUUCCUGCUGUGAAUAACUUCCAAUACUGGGUGUAAGAGGAGGCCCAUUUUGGGUGGACUGCAGCUAACUACAGGACUAAAACUUGGGGCAGCCCUUGCAAUGAGGGAUGUCUGCCUCUAAUCCUUCCUAGGGGAGAUGGCUGGGUGUGUUAGUUAUGACUGAUGACCUUGUUGAGGUAGCGACUGUCCUGACAGGGAGGCUGGUGCUCUUCCUUAACCAUGUCAGGUGUCUGGCCCUGCAGCAAGGUGGGAAUGGCAUAGCCUCUGUGCCUACCUGGAUCAGGAGGUGGUGAGCAAGACCCCCAAGCAUGUACAAUAAGGGAGGGUAUUGGAAAGAGCCUGCCAAUUUCUACUCCCCAUCUUGUAACACAAGAGCACGGGGACAAUUAACAUGAAAGGUGGCAAAUUCAAGAUGGAUAAGAGGAAAUACACUUCCAAGUGCUGUAUAAUUAAACCGUGAUAUUUAUUGUCCUAGGCUGUCAUGGAAGUAUUAAGUAUUAGAUGACUUUGGCAGGGUUCUCUGGAGUCCUUCUAGUCCGUACCUUUUGGUAAAGGUUUUCAGAAGGGCUCUAAAACCUCAUGAUUUUCCUUCACAGCAACUAGCUCUGGCGGCUGUUGGAGACUGGCUAGCGAGCUACAUGGACCUGGGGCUGAGCCGAUCUGGCGGCUCCUAGGUGUCUUUUCUUGUUAGUUGAAAAGUAAUGGCCUGUUGAUCUGUGUUUGUACAGUGCCUAGCACAAUGGAGGCCAGGUCCACGACUGGUGCUCUGAGGUGCUGCUGCAAUAGAAAUAUGUGGUAAUAUAGGGGACUAGACAGUAAAGGCAAAUGUGGCUUGGGGUGGCCUCUGCCUGCUGGCCUGGAUAUGGGGUGUGGUGUGAGUAGCAAACCUCUGGACAGACAAGCUUUGCAAGCAGAGGGGGCUGCGUGUUGUGCAGGGGGUGCAAACUCUGUUCAUGCUGCAUCCGCUCUGUUGCUAGAGCGGCUGAGCACCUGCAAGGAGACAAAUCCAGCACCUUUCUCCCACGACCCUGAAAUGCACAGACUCCAUAGCCCAGCUGUGCCAGGCUGCCACCAUGGCUCCAGAACAAAAAAGCCGAAGAUGAACGUGGUGCAUGCUUUGCGCUCGGAGCGCCGGGCCGGGCCGGGAGUGGAGGCGAUGGAGCGGCCGAACCUGCGGGCAGUGGAUCAGCUGAGCCCGGAGAUCAAGGUGGAGAAAUACGUCCUGCUGAGCCUGGAUGGAAAGCUGCUGGGGCCAGAACUGAGCCGGAUCCGGAGUGAGAUGGCUCUGCCCCUGGAGCGCCUGGAUGUGGAGCUGCCCCAGGAUCUGCCCAAAGGCUACCUCUCGCGCCAGCGUCGCUCCCUGCCUGCCUUCCCUUUCUCUCCUGCCAAGAGCCCCUGCAGCUCUCCAGGCCUCAGGAGCCCCAGGAGGAGCACAGAAGCACUGUGUGCUGGCCACUUCCCCUUGGGGCUCAGUCAGCUUGUGACAGGGAUGCAGAGUCCUGGGGUGGCCUCUCCUCGGGGCGCAAGAAAUCCAUCUGCACAACCCAGCGUUAUCCCAGCCAAGGUCACUGGCAGCAAGACCAAGGCAGGUGAAGGCCUAUGCCACAGCCAUGGGCCCCGGAUGCAGCCGGAGUCUGACAGGAAGCAGCAACAGACACUGGGUGGAAAAGGGGCCUGCUAGGAAUGACUGGUGGGGCAGGGGGUGGUGGAGGGGACAUGAGUCCUGCUCCUGGCUGGGUAGGACUUGUAUCCUCUGGGAAUUGCUGGUGUCUCGGAGGGGGUGGAACUGUACUUGAGAGCCAACUGUUUUACAAACCCAGCAGGGGCCGUGAGUCCUCCAGGCACAAAGGGCCUGGCUGCACCCAGCCCUGCUCCCCUCUGCAGUUAAUCUUGUAACCAAAGAAAUCCUAAAUAAAAGACACUCUGCACUGUGAA